AAAAAAAAAAAAAAAAAAAAUCACAAUUUUAAAAAAAAGGGCAGAGAAAUCAUCAAAAAUUAGAUCAAACGACCUCCUUAUUUUCAUUCAACAUGUGAUGUAAGUUUUAAAUUUCCCUCUUAUUUUCAGUCUGUAGUACUAAAUCUAGGGUUUCAAAUCUAUACUCACCAAAUUUCUUGAAACCCACAGUUCAAAUUUCACCAAAAUAUUUUUGGACACCCUUUUGAGUAAUUAGCACUUUGGACUAAAAAAGUUUGGAUCUUGGCUAUAAUUUAGUGUUUCUUGAUUAGGGCCUAAUUCUUGUUAAUUCCAGUAUUUGAGGAUACCCAAUUGAAUAAUUAACAGUUUGGGCUAAUAAAGUUUGGAUCUUGGCCUUAGUUUAGUGUUUUUGAUUAGGUUUUCUUUAGGUAGGUUUCAAGAUAAUAGUUAUGGCAGGUGGAAGUAAUAAUUUGAAUAACUCUAUGAAAAACAUUGGGGGUGUUAGUGUGCCAACUGGGUUUGGUAAUUCUGGGGUUAAAGGAACUGGAAACCCGAAUCAAUCUAUGGGACCACCCAACCAUCCACAGUUGUCUGAGCCUCAGGCUCAGGCGCUAGCUCAAGCACAAUAUGUGCAGGCUCAGGCUCAAGCUCAAGCUCGAGCUGCUCAUGCCCGGUUUCAGGCACAGCUACAAGCACAAGCGCAGGCGCAAGCACUAGGGCAGCCGGUGCCACAGAAGCCGAGUAUGAUGGGAGGGCUUAGUAGUAAUAGUAAUAUAGGUGGUUCGUCGCCCUCACUUGUUACACAUAAUAGUGGUAAAAGGUCGGGGCAUAAACCGUCUUCGCGCCCUCCUGGUUCUUCUAGUGGUGUAGCUGGUUCGCCUUCGAAAACAAUGGAGCUUACACCCGCGGCACGUAGACGAAAGAGAGGCCCACCCGAGAAGCAGAUUCCUGAAAAGGUGGCUGCCCUUUUGCCGGAAUCUGCUCUUUACACUCAGUUGUUGGAGUUUGAGGGUCGUGUGGAUGCUGCUCUUGCUAGAAAAAAGGUUGACAUUCAAGAAUCUAUCAAGAACCCACCUCGUGUGCAGAAAACUCUUAGGAUUUACGUUUUCAACACCUUUACGAACCAAACUCAAACUGGAAAUCCUAAGGAAAACACCGAAGCUCCUUCAUGGUCUCUUAAGAUUCUCGGGAGGUUAUUGGAUAAUGGAUCAGAAUCCGACGAGACUUCCAUGUUACCUAAACCUACUUUAACGAGUCCAAAGUUUUCAUCCUUUUUCAAGAAGAUCACUAUAUACUUGGAUCAAAAUCUUUACCCCGAUAACCAUGUGAUCUUGUGGGAAAGUUCUAGAUCGUUGGCACUUAACGAGGGUUUUGAAGUGCAGAGAAAAGGGGAUAAAGAGUUCACUGCUAUCAUUAGAAUGGAAAUGAAUUACACACCCGAAAAGUUUAAACUUUCGUCCGCUUUAAGUGAAGUUCUUGGACUCGAGAUCGAGACCCGUCCUCGAAUUAUCGCUGCAAUUUGGCAAUAUGUGAAAGUUAAAAAGUUACAGAUCUCGACAGAUACUUCAUUUUUCUCGUGUGAUCCGCCUCUAAAGAAAGUAUUUGGAGAUGAAAGGGUGAAAUUUUCAAUGGUGUCUCAAAAGAUUUCACAGCAUUUGACUCAGCCGCAGCCUAUACAUUUGGAGCAUAAAAUCAAGCUUUCGGGUAAUAAUCUGGUGGGAAACACUUGUUAUGAUGUUCUUGUGGAUGUUCCUUUUUCAUUAGAUAAAGAUAUGUCUACUUUUUUGGAAAAUUUGGAGAAGCAUAAGGAGAUUGAUGCAUGUGAUGAGGCAAUUUGCUCUGCAAUUAAAAAGAUCCAUGAACAUAGGCGUAGACGGGCUUUCUUUCUGGGGUUUAGUCAGUCACCUAGUGAAUUUGUUGAUGCCUUUAUUGCGUCACAGAGCAAGGAUUUGAAGACGGCAGCUGGUGAUGCUACUCGUAAUGCUGAGAAAGAGCAGCGGGCCGAGUUCUAUAACCAACCAUGGGUCGAAGAUGCAGUUAUUCGUUACUUGAACAGGAAACCUGCCACAGUAAGCGAGACACCUGCAAGCACGUAGUUGAGCUGUUCCCAUGGGUAUGCGUAUCUUUUCUCCCCUUCCAACGUGUAUUGAGAUAGAUUCAGAUAGAUGAGAAAUAGUUCCAAAUGUGGUCAAAGGAAUUAUUUCUGAUCUAACUAAUGUAAUCCAAUGUGUUGCGUGCUAUUAGAUCUGAUUUCAUGUUUGUUUGAUCUUUUCUUGCUUUAGCUGAUCAACUUUCUAGGAGUUUCUUUUUAUGGUAGUAUCUUUUUAUAGUGACUGCUUGAAUCCUACUGUAGUAUCUUUCCAUUUAUAGCAAGGAUUAUUAUGACU